AAAUUGGACAGUCUUAACCAAGUUAAACAAAAGGGAAAAUUGGCGAUUUACAUAAGCUUAGGUCUAAAAGAUGCAGAAACUUCAACAUGCAGUAUCGUUUGCAGUGAAGCCUCAACAACCUGAAAAUAAAACCACAAGUCAAGCAAACAGUUCUUCUGAUAAUAUCGGUCAAUCAACCACAGCAUCCAAUAGUAUUAGUGAAACUAAAAGAUCAACCAAUCCUACAAGACAUACAAUCAAUGUGCGGCUUCAUUUAUGGAAGAAAUUUAAAUCUUCGAAUGAUGAUGUGUUAAACAGUGGGAGUUCUCAUCAUCACGACAUUCUUAUGAAAAAAUGUUUGGUCCUGGCAAAUGGAUGGAUGAUUUUUACAGAACCCAAUCUAAAAUUACUUCUUAUCCAUGAUGAUGAAGGACAUUUUCAAAGUAAGAUUUACCUUUCCGGCCGGCCUUUUGAUUUAGCUAUUAUUUCAAGUAAACUCAUAGCAGUCAGCUAUGGCGAAAAUCGGUAUGUCGAAAUAAUAGAUUUGGCGACGAAGGAUGCCAUGAAAUCAUUUAACUGGGAAACCAACUGUUUUGGAAUAGCAAAUGUUUCCAACCACUUAUACGUUGUUAUAGAAGGGCGUGGAAUUGUCGUUCUAGACCACACAACUGGGCAACUGAUAAAAACAAUUCCAAUCAAAAUAAAUCAGAAAACUUUUCUUGUUGUUACGCACGAUAGCAUUAUUUACACUAACUGGAUUUUCAAUACUGUGUAUUGCUUUGAUUUAUUAGGGAAUGAAAAGUGGCAGUUUAAAAAGAACAAGCUGCAUCGCCCAAUAGGACUAACAGUCAACAGAAAUGGGGAUGUUUUCGUUGCUGGUAAUGUUUCGGGAAACAUCUAUUAUAUUUCAUCGGAUGGAAAGCGAAGUAAAGAAUUAGUUCGGGACAAAGAGAUUAUGGAUCUUUUUCUUGACAAUCAUACUUAUCGUUUACUUACUUACAAAUCUGACGGAUCAGCUUUCAAAUACUUUGUAGAAUCAUAGCACUUACUAAAAUUCAACAAAUGUUGUUGAAUAGUUAUUACUAUUUCAUUUAUUGUACUUAUAAAUUGAAAAAAGGAGAUAACAAGAGAACGAAAAAGAAAUACAUGUUAGAGAAUGUGGUGGUUUUCGUGUUU